GGCAAUUGUAUUAUUAAGAUUUUUAAGCAUAAGUAAAAAGUUAACAAAAUGGCGCGUAUUAAAUGGCGUGCCAACUCCACACACAACAUACUCUCCACUUUAGCGUUACGCUGGUCCUAUAUGAAGCACUGCUGGCACUCGCUCACGUUCAAUGCACAUAUGGACUCUUCUUAUGGCGUUGAUGUACUGCUGACGCCCAUAAUUUGGUUUGUGGACAACUACACACAUUGUCUUGGUCCAUUCUUUGUUAUUGGUGUUGCUAUUUUAACCACUGCCGUCGUUAGCAUUGCCUAUUGGAUAGGAUUUCCCUUUUGGUGGGCAAAAAGCCAAGCGGUAACAAUUUUUCUGCUUGUUGUGGGCAAUUGGCUGCUGUUAAAUAUCAUAUUCCAUUAUGUGAUGGCUGUGAAAACUCCGGCUGGUCAUCCGCCGGAAGGUGUAUCCCUUGUAGAGGCGGUGAGCAUGUGUGCCAAGUGCAUUACACCCAAGCCGCCGCGUACUCAUCAUUGUUCAGUGUGUAAUCGUUGUAUUUUAAAAAUGGACCAUCAUUGUCCCUGGCUUAAUAAUUGCGUGGGAUAUGCCAAUCAUCGCUACUUUUUUCUCUAUAUGCUAUACACUACGGCAGGCUGCCUAUUUCUUAUUAUAGCAGGCUUGGAAAUAGGCCACAAGUAUCUUUGGCUGGAUCACACCGAAAGCUGGACGGAAGUCGAGCCUCUCGAGGGUCAGCCUGUGAAAUUUAACUUAAGCGGUCACGUAAUUCCAGUGACACAUCCACAUGAGUACGAUGAUAUACUAAUGCCGCCAGCUGUGCAUAAUUUGCCUACGCCAGUUGUAGACUUGGAGGCAUCAUCGGUCAUACGACGACGUGCUUUGUGGUUUAUGGCGUUUACCAAUGUGGCUGUAGUCAUGGCACUAGGCACUCUUUGCACUUGGCACGCAAAACUCAUUACAAGAGGAGAGACAAGCGUAGAGGCACACAUUAACCAAGCUGAGAGCAAGCGUUUGCUACAAGAAGAACGCAUAUACAUUAAUCCCUAUAACUUUGGCACUAAGAAGAACUGGAAACUCUUUCUAGGACUUGUGCGUGGCAGAUCUUUUUGGCGCACUGUGCUUUUGCCUUCGUGGCACAAGCCGGAGGGUAAUGGACUCAGCUUCCAUACUGUGCACGAUGCGCCCUUUGAAGAUGAGUGGCCAUAGUCCAUAGUCUGCGUUCCAACGCAGAAUGCAAGCUUUUGUGAUGUCAGCAUGGCAACAUAGUUUAAUUGCUAGCUACAAACGAUUCCAAUAGAUUAAAAUUUAAAAA